AUGAAAACAUUCCUCAUCUUACUUGUUCUUCUUGUUCUCUCAAGGAUUGAAACAAAUGAAGCCACUAGAAAUCUUGAUGAAACUCAUCUUCUAUUGCCAUCUUUGCAUACCCGUCCUCCAGUUAAGACUCCAGCACCCGAUCCAAGAACCGAGGCCAAUGUGAAUAUGGCAAGCAAGUUUAAUGAAAGGAAUUACUUUGUUGGUCGUAAAGAAGUUGUUUUUGCUCCCCCUCCUCCUACUAAUGCAUAUCCUCUUGAUAAAACACAUUUUUUAUUACCAUCUUUGCAAACCUGUCCUCCAGUUAAGACUCCAUCACCUAAUUCAGGAAGCGAGACUAGUGUGAAUAUGGCAAGCACGGUUACUGAAAGAAACUUUCUUGGUCGUAAAGAAGUUGUUUUUGCUACCCCUCCUCCUACCAAUGUAUAUCCUUUUGAUAAAACACAUCUUCUAUUACCAUCUUUGCAAACCUGUCCUCCAAUUAAGACUCCAUCACCCAAUCCAGGAAGUGAGAAUAGUGUGAAUAUGGCAAGCACAGUUACUGAAAGAAACUUUGUUGGUCGUAGAGAAGUUAGUUUUGCUCCCCCUCCUCCUACUAAUGCAUAUCCUCUUGAUAAAACACAUUUUCUAUUACCAUCUUUGCAAACCCGUCCUCCAGUUAAGACUCCAUCACCCAAUCCAGGAAGCGAGACCGGUGUGAAUAUGGCAAGCACGGUUACUGAAAGAAACUUUGUUGGUCGUAAAGAAGUUGUUUUUGCUCCCCCUCCUCCUACUAAUGCAUAUCCUCUUGAUAAAACAUAUUUUCUAUUACCAUCUUUGCAAACCCGUCCUCCAGUUAAGACUCCAUCACCCAAUCCAGGAAGCGAGACCAGUGUGAAUAUGGCAAGCAUGGUUACUGAAAGAAAUUUUGUUGGUCGACGUAAAAAAGUUUUUUUUGCGCCCCCUCCUCCUAGUAAUGAAAAUCCUCUGGAUAAAACACGUCUAUUAUUACCAUUUUUGCAAACCCGUGCUCCAGUUAAGACUCCAUCACCUAAUCCAGGAAGAGAGACUAGUGUGAAUAUGGCAAGCACGGUUACUGAAAGAAAUUUUGUUGGUUGUAAAGAAGUUGUUUUUGCUCCCCUUCCUCCUACUAAUGCAUAUCCUCUUGAUAAAACACAUUUUCUAUUACUAUUUUUGCAAACCCGUCCUCCAGUUAAGACUCCAUCACCCAAUCCAGGAAGUGAGACCAGUGUGAAUAUGGCAAGCACGGUUACUGAAAGAAACUUUCUUGGUCGUAAAGAAGUUGUUUUUGCUCCCACUCCUCCUACUAAUGCAUAUCCUCUUGAUAAAACACAUUUUCUAUUACCAUCUUUUCAAACCCGUCCUCCAGUUAAGACUCCAUCACCCAAUCCAGGAAGCGAGACCAGUGUGAAUAUGGCAAGCACAAUUAGUGAAAGAAACUUUGUUGGUCGACGUAAAGAAGUUGUUUUUGCUCCCCCUCCUCCUAGUAAUGCAAAUCCUCCGGAUAAAACACAUCUUUUAUUACCAUUUUUGCAAACCCGUGCUCCAGUUAAGACUCCAUCACCUAAUCCAGGAAGCGAGACCAGUGUGAAUAUGGCAAGCACGGUUACCGAAAGAAAUUUUGUUGGUCGUAAAGAAGUUGUUUUUGCUCCCUCUCCUCCUACUAAUGCAUAUCCUCUUGAUAAAACACAUUUUCUAUUACCAUCUUUGCAAACCCGUCCUCCAGUUAAGACUCCAUCACCCAAUCCAGGAAGCGAGACUAGUGUGAAUAUGGCAAGCACGGUUACUAAAAGAAACUUUGUUGGUCGUAAAGAAGUUGGUUUUGCUCCUCCACCUCCACUUCCUUCUACUAAUGCAUACCCACAAAAUAAUGUCCUUUUUGAUGUGUCCAUUGCUACUACUCAGAAAUAA